AAUGAGAGUUCUUCUUGUUGGGACGGCUCCUCACCGCGGCUCAACCUUUGUAAUGUUCUGUUGGUCGCCAUUUUGAGAUAGACUGCAGGUGGACGCUGCUUUGUCAUUUGUUAGCCUUGAACACAAGCAGCUGGACUGAACCAAAGUGUAACGGAGGAGAAGCUAUUUCAGUGCCGCGGUGAUGGCGACUGGAGCGAACGCCACCCCUCUGGGGAAGCUGCACCCCAGCAUCGGCGCUAAACGGGGAUUUGAUGCGGGGCCUGGGGCAGGCAACGGGCUGAUGCCCACGCCGGGGCCGGCCGCCUCCUUCCCCUCCAUGCAGGGUUUCCAACCCUCGAUGCCGAACGCCUCUUUUACCCAAUUCAGUCCAGUCGCCAACUAUCCGAACCCCUCUCAACAGAGCGCCGGGUCCGGGAUGAGCAAGAGCGAUUUUGGAAAGAAAAGAAAGAAAAGCAGAUGGAGCAGUGAAACCCCAGAUCAGAAGACGAUCAUUCCUGGAAUGCCCACCGUCAUUCCCCCUGGACUCACCCGGGAUCAAGAGAGAGCUUACAUAGUCCAACUGCAGAUUGAAGACCUGACUCGUAAACUGCGUACAGGAGACCUGGGAAUCCCUGUUAACCCUGAGGACAGGUCCCCCUCUCCAGAGCCCAUUUAUAACAGCGAGGGCAAAAGGCUAAACACCCGCGAGUAUCGCACGCGGAAGAAGAUCGAGGAGGAGCGCCAUGCCCUCAUCACUGAAAUGAUUGGACUUAACCCCGACUUCAAACCUCCUGCAGACUACAAACCUCCAGCCACCAGAGUCAGCGACAAAGUCAUGAUCCCACAAGAUGAAUACCCUGAAAUCAACUUUGUUGGACUGCUGAUCGGACCACGAGGAAACACCCUGAAGAACAUUGAAAAAGAAUGCUGUGCUAAGAUCAUGAUCCGAGGGAAGGGCUCCGUCAAAGAAGGGAAGGUUGGUCGAAAGGAUGGCCAGAUGCUGCCCGGAGAGGACGAGCCUCUGCACGCCUUGGUCACUGCCAACACCAUGGAAAAUGUCAAGAAGGCUGUGGAGCAGAUUCGCAACAUCCUCAAACAAGGUAUUGAGACGCCUGAGGAUCAAAACGACCUGCGUAAGAUGCAGCUGAGGGAGCUGGCCAGACUCAACGGCACUCUGCGAGAAGACGACAACAGGAUUCUUCGUCCUUGGCAGAACUCUGAGCCACGCAGCAUCACCAACACCACUCUUUGUACAAAGUGUGGUGGAGCUGGUCACAUCUCCUCUGACUGCAAGUACACCAGCACCUUUGCUGCCCACAGAGCCACAGGCGGGGAGCCCCCUCAGUCAGCACAGGACAAGGCUCGCAUGGACAAAGAAUACCUGUCCCUCAUGGCUGAGCUGGGGGAGGCCCCAGUCCCCAGCUCUGGUGGAGGACACUCCAACUCUCAGUCAGGAGCUCCUCGAGCUUCCGGCCCCAACAGUAACCAGCCCCCGAUGAACCGGCCCCCCUGGAUGAGCUCCGGUCCCUCAGAGAGCAGGAACUUCUCUGCUGUUCAGGGAGGACCUGCUGGUCCUGGAGGACCCCACAGCUUCCCUCCCCCCAUGCCUAGCAUGGGAGGACCACCAAUUCCCCCCAAUCCUAACGGUAUGCCUCCACCCUGGAUGCAGCCGCCUCCACCCCCUAUGGCCCAGGGACCUGGACCCCACGGACACCCUAUGGGUCUUCUUCCACCUCCAAUGGGAAUGAUGCCACCUCCUCCUCCACCCCCCAGCAGCCAGCCCCCUCCACCACCCUCUGCUCCCUUGCCACCAUGGCAACAACAGGCUCCUCCCCCUCCACCCACUAGCAGCAUGGCAACAAGUACACCGCUGCCCUGGCAGCAGAACACCACCACCACCACCUCCAGCACGGGCACUCUGCCUCCAUGGCAGCAGCCCCAGCAGCCAGCAGUCUCUGCAGCUCAGCCCCCUCUGCCCAUCGGAACCACAUCCAUGGUCCCACCCCCACCUGGAGUCCAGCCGCCAUUGCCCCCGGGGGCCCCUCCGCCGCCACCCCCACCACCUCCGGGCUCCACCAGCAUGAUGUAUGUUCCACCACCCCCUCCGCCACCAAUGGACCCUUCUAAUUUUGUUACCAUGAUGGGGAUGGGAGUACCGGGCAUGCCACCGUUUGGGAUGCCCCCAGCACCCCCUCCUCCUCCCCCACAGAAUUAAUUCUUGAUUGUCUGACAGCACCCCCCCUCCAUCUCAUUACUCAGCAUAGUCCAGCUGGCUGAUGCUAGCGGUGCAGAUGUAAUCAGUCCUUUGGGGUUGGAUGAGUCCGGCGUAGACCUGUGGAGGCGCUCCGGGUCAUCAGAUGCAACAGAAUCAGUUCUGCUGGUUUCUACGCUUCUGCCUGAAGGAGCACGCCUGUCAUGUUGCUUAUAAACGGAGGGAACUGCUCUGUCAUCAUUUCUGUGCUUUUCAAAUGAAUCUAGUCAGGUUUGAAAUUCCAGCUGAAGUUGCAUGAUCCGUGCUCAUUCUGGCACAGUGUUAACCUUUUCCUGCUGUUUUCCUGACUUCAAUCAGAUGAAUAUUUUUGUAACAAUAUCACAGUAGGUAAUAUGGAUCUUAGCACGGUAAAUAAAAUAUGCUCAGUCUUGUAACUCCUUUCCUUUUUGUAUGUUGCUGUUGGUUGCCUAGCUCUAGAUGAUAAUUCCUGUGUUUGCUGCUCUUCUUUUCACUGCAUCUCCGUUCAGAAACACAGUAAAAGGUGUUUUGUUGCUUUCAGAAGAUUCUUUUCUGUUUCCCAGACUGACAUUAACGGGGGUAACUUGUCUUUUUCAUUGUUUGUGGAUUUGUCUCUGACCUCAAUAAAAAUCUAAAACUCUUGGUUUAGUUUUAAACUGA